GGCGCGGCGCGGCGCGGAGCGGAGCAGCGCUCGCGAUACCGGCUUGUGGCUGACGGUUGUCCGACCAGACGAUUUCGCUCAUAGCAUUCGCGGUGCUGCACGGUGUUGCUUCUGUUGCUGCUGGCCGAUUAUCACUUUCGCCUAUAUUCGAUCCGCUCGCUCGCGAACAGCGUUCAACAGCGUUUAACAGUUUUUCACGGCGCGCUAAGAGACAGAUAAAUCAAGAAAGCAAACAUGUGCGACGAGGAAGUUGCCGCGCUCGUAGUCGACAAUGGAUCCGGCAUGUGCAAGGCUGGUUUCGCCGGGGAUGACGCUCCCCGCGCCGUCUUCCCUUCAAUCGUCGGUAGGCCGCGUCAUCAAGGUGUCAUGGUCGGUAUGGGACAAAAAGAUUCGUAUGUUGGUGAUGAGGCCCAAUCCAAGAGAGGUAUCCUAACGCUCAAAUAUCCGAUCGAGCAUGGUAUCGUUACCAACUGGGACGAUAUGGAGAAGAUAUGGCAUCACACGUUUUAUAACGAAUUGCGAGUAGCUCCGGAAGAGCAUCCGGUCCUUCUCACCGAGGCACCCUUAAAUCCCAAGGCUAAUCGUGAAAAGAUGACACAGAUCAUGUUCGAGACAUUCAAUACUCCUGCGAUGUACGUAGCGAUCCAGGCUGUACUGUCGCUGUACGCUUCCGGUCGUACCACCGGUAUCGUGUUAGACUCGGGCGAUGGCGUUUCCCACACCGUACCGAUCUACGAGGGAUACGCUUUACCGCAUGCUAUUCUCCGCUUAGAUUUGGCCGGUCGCGAUUUGACCGAUUAUCUUAUGAAGAUUCUCACAGAGAGAGGAUAUUCCUUCACAACUACGGCCGAACGAGAAAUCGUUCGCGACAUCAAGGAGAAACUUUGCUAUGUAGCGCUCGACUUUGAGCAAGAAAUGGCUACAGCGGCUUCUUCGUCCAGUUUGGAGAAGAGCUACGAGCUUCCCGACGGUCAAGUCAUCACUAUAGGUAACGAACGAUUCCGCUGCCCCGAGGCUCUCUUCCAACCCUCGUUCCUAGGUAUGGAAGCUUGCGGUAUUCACGAGACUACAUACAACUCGAUUAUGAAGUGCGAUGUCGACAUCCGUAAGGACUUGUACGCCAAUACCGUUCUGUCCGGCGGUACUACCAUGUACCCUGGCAUAGCCGACAGGAUGCAGAAGGAGAUCACUGCCUUAGCUCCAUCUACCAUGAAGAUUAAGAUUAUCGCUCCACCCGAGAGGAAAUAUUCCGUAUGGAUCGGCGGAUCGAUUCUCGCGUCGCUCUCCACCUUCCAACAGAUGUGGAUCUCGAAGCAGGAAUACGACGAGUCUGGGCCCUCCAUCGUUCAUAGGAAGUGCUUCUAAAC